AAAAUCAAAACAAAGAUGAAUAAUUUGGAUAGUUCAGUGCAAGCACACACCAAAUUGGAAAAGGAAACUACCAAUUUGGUGCUGCUCAAAGAUCGCGUUGACAAGUAUCAUGAUCUCUCCACGCAAAUGUCUAGCAUUCUCACUGUCUUCGAGAAGCGUUUGGGCAACUUGGAGCAAACGAUUUUGCCUGUCUACCAAGAGACGGAGCAACUGCAAAAACGUCAGCAAAAUUUGGAAGCCACACUAAAUUGCCUUGAGAGCGUACUUUCGCACUACGAUGUUUCGCAGGAAGUGUGUCAACUGAUUCAUCAGGGUCCCGUUGAGGGUAGCAUUGGCACCUUUCUGGAUGCAUUGGCCAAACUACGGGCUGCCAUGGAUUACUUUCUUCACCACAAUUCGCAAAGUGUGGAACUAGAGAAUGUCACCAGUUUGUUCAACACAGGUUGCGAGGGCCUCAAUCAACACUAUAGCAUGCUGCUUAAAAAGCACAGCGCACCAUUAAAACCUGUGGAACUGCUGGAUCUCAUCUAUAUCGAAGAUGAUUCAUCGAGCGAUGAGUAUACGUCAUUUCGCCAGCUAUCGCAGACAACCCGUGAGGAGCUGUGCACAAUAUCGCUGUGGCUCGAGCAGAAUUUGCGGGAAUACACGCACAUCUAUGCAACGGAGCGAGGAGAAGUGGUAUUGCGUUCACUGCAGUUAUUAAAGGAUCACCAAAAGAGCAGCAGUUGGGGCACUGAAGCUUUGAGACCACGUCACAGUGGACGGCAGAACCAAGAGCCCAAGAGGAACACCUCGGCACGACUGCAGCAAAUCUUCGAGAAGAAGGCCAACAAGCUGUAUUUGCGUGCAACACAGACUCUCGAGCAGUCCACGGGCAUCUCCAUAAAAAAAGCCUCCUCGCACACUGAUCAUUUGACAUCCGAAGAUCUGCUCGAUGGCGAUCAGGAACUGGACAAGUAUUUGGUCAUGCUGCUCGGUCUGCAGCGACUGCUGAACUGGGAGCGUGCAAUAAUGCGAGACAUUAUACCACAGUCGAAGCACAACGAAGUCUUUGCGCGCCUCGCCUACAAUGCCAUCGAGCUGGUGGUCAAGGAUGCCGAGGCAAUAACCCAACGCAUACUGCGUUGCAUCUCACGCAAGGAAUGGACGUCGGCUCUGGGCAUCUUCUCGGCGUUGAAGCGCGUCAUUUUGCUGCAACCCGAUAUAGAGCGCACCUAUGAUGCGGCUCAGCGCGAACAGUUGACAAAGGUGCUCAAUAAAUUGCAACAUACGGGAUCCAAGGCAUUGGAGCAUUUCCUGGACGUGGUCAAGGGCGAGUCAAGCACAAACAUUGUGGGACAAAGCAAUGUGCCCAAGGAUGCAACAGUGCAUGAGUUGACAUCGAAUACGAUUUGGUUUAUCGAGCAUUUGUACGAACACUUUGAUGUAAUUGGCGCCAUACUCGCCCAGGAUGUGCUCUACUCCACGCAGCUGGACACCAUACUGAUGAAGAAGGCGCUGCCCGGCGAGGAGCGCAACAAGGCGCUGCUGGCCAUCUACAUAAAGAAAGCGCUGGCGGAACUCAAUCUGUCCAUUAUGAACAAGUGCGAGCAAUACAAUGAUCAGGCAACGAAGCAUCUCUUCCGGCUGAAUAAUAUACACUAUAUACUCAAAUCGCUGCAGCGCUCCAAUCUGAUUGAUUUGGUAACGCUGGCAGAGCCAGAGUGCGAGCAUAGCUAUCUGGAGAUGAUACGUGAGCUGAAGACAAGCUAUCAGAAGACUUGGUCGAAGAUGCUGUCAGGCAUUUCUUCGUUGGAUGAACUGCCCAAGCCAGUGGCCGGGAAAGUCAAAGACAAGGAUCGCAGCGUGCUGAAGGAGCGUUUCUCGACCUUCAAUAAGGACUUUGAGGAGGCUUGCAAGAUACAACGUGGCAUUUCUAUACCCGAUGUCAUAUUGCGCGAGGGCAUUAAACGCGAUAAUGCGGAGCACAUACUGCCAAAGUACAAUCGCUUCCACGAUACGUAUUAUAUGGUGCAAUUCAGCAAGAAUCCCGACAAGUACGUCAAGUAUCGUCCGCAUGAGAUAAACGCUAUGCUGAGCAAGCUAUUUGAUGACUCCGCCUAAUCCCCCUAGAUUUUUGGAGUUUUGGGUUUUCGGAUUCGUUCGGCUUUUUAAUUCCAACACAAAUAAAUAUCGUUUUAAAAAAUA